UGUCGUAUGUGAAAACUUGCCCUACUCCACUCCCCCAAAGUGAGACGCACUGAUUUGUCUUUCGCGUUUUUUUCUGCAGAAGUUUAGCGAAGUCCCCGAGAGACACCGCGACCUCGAGUCGCAGGAUUAACUUUUCCCGCUUCUUGAAAAGUGAUUAUCGGACGUUUAAUAACUGGACGGGUUUAUAAACGGAGCCCCUCAUCCUGGACGGGCUGAAAACUCUCAACCGAGCAAAAUGAACCGGAGCUUUAAUAGUAAAUCGCAAUCUUUGCGUAGCUUAAACAUGAACGCGGUGGAAGUAAAAAGCAAGUAUGGGGCAGAGUUCCGAAGGUUUUCCGUGGAUCGACAAAAACCCGGCAAAUUUGAUGAGUUUUACAAUCUCAUCAUGACCAUCCACCGAAUCGCAAACAUGGAGGUAAUGAUUGGAUAUGCUGACGUCCAUGGAGAUCUCCUUCCCAUCAAUAACAACGAAAACUUCUGCAAGGCUGUGUCCACCGCACACCCCCUGCUGCGAAUCUUUAUACAGAGACAAGAAGAGGUGGACUACAGCAACUUUGGCACCAGCACACUGACCCGUAAAAAGAAGGCUGUUGUCACUCUCCGCAAUGACCUGAACCGGAAGCAGCCACAUGUCUGCAUUGGCAUGCCUCAGGACUUCCGUCCCGUCUCAUCCAUUAUUGAUGUGGACAUCCUUCCUGAGUCCCACCGGAGGGUCCGGCUCUACCGGCAUGGCUCGGACAAGCCUCUGGGCUUCUACAUCCGUGAUGGCACCAGUGUCCGUGUUACACCCCAUGGUUUGGAAAAGGUCCCAGGUAUCUUCAUCUCCCGCAUGGUCCCCGGAGGCCUGGCCGAAAGCACAGGUCUGCUUGCUGUCAAUGAUGAGGUGCUGGAGGUCAAUGGCAUCGAGGUGACUGGGAAGAUGUUAGACCAAGUAACAGACAUGAUGAUUGCAAACAGCCACAACCUUAUUGUGACCGUGAAGCCAGCGAACCAACGCAACAACGUGAUGCGCAGCAGUCGCACCUCCGGCAGCUCGGGUCAGUCAUCUGACAGCAGCAGUUCUGUGGGCUACCCCGCCAUCACUGCACCCACCGGUGCCACCGCCAUCAGCCAUGGUUAUAGCCCAGAAGAUCUGGAAAGUGAUGAGGAGUCAGACAUCGUAAUUGAGAGCAACAUCAAGCGGCCAUCACGCCGCUCCAACACCUCAGUGGCUUCGACUGCAUCCCGGUCCCAGAUGCAAAUGACUGCAACUGCCCCACCCAGCCCCCCUAUACGACCCCAAACAAGACCCCCAUCCACCGUAUCGACGGCGUCUUUCCAUUCUCAACCAAGCUUUAAUGGCACAGUGCACAACAAUUUGAGUUACAAGCUUCACAAGGACCUUACCCUCCAGCACCACCCCUACCACAGCAGCAACCCCAGCAUGAGGGGAAGCAACAGCAGCCUACACAAAAUCCUCAGCAGUCUGAGGACAGACCCCCGUCACAGCCUAGCUUUACCCAGAGGAGGGGUGGAGGAGGAUGGUACAGUCAUCACUUUAUAAUACACACAUAUGCAUAGUUGCAUGCCACAAAAUUCAGCCCCCACCCUCUUCCCCAUGAGACUUGGCCUUUAAGCCUGGGACAUCAGACUUGACUUUGAAACUCACAGACUAUAAGGGGUUUGUAAAACGAAUAAUUUAACAGAAACAUUAUCUGGAAAUUUUACUCUUUUAAAUGUCUGGUCUCAAUGUGUUGUGAUGUCUUCUUAUCUGUCAAAAAAUGCAUCCGAAUUAGUGGUAUAUAUUUCUUUUCCCAAGCGGAGACACUGCUUUUAUCACGUCUAUCAACUUUUUGUUCUUGUUUAGAGGUAAAUUUUUAUCAUGUUAUGUAAAUGUCUUCUGGGACCAGAAAUUAGGUUUAGUCCUAUGUGAUGUCAUUUUUAUACUGUUUACAAUUCAUACCUGAAAGAAUUUGCCCUGGCUGACAAAACAAACUUUUUGUUUGCCCAGACUGAGCUAUUUUCCUUCAAGUAAAAAAUAAAAUAAAAAGGAUUUAAUAUUUAUUAUUAUGAAUUUCCAUAAUUGGAAAUUAGUGUUUAAUGCCUUACCAUAAAUAACUGUUUUGCAAAUACUUCAACAAUUCUUCCUUGUAAUAAUUAACUACUUGUUUCAAAGUUUUAGAAAAAUAUUGUAAUUCCACAAAUGAUGAAAAAUUACUUAGAGAUUCUAUCAUUUUAAAAUGUCUUUAAACAUUCCCAUCUCUUGUUUUAAGUAAUUUUCCAAAGAUUUUAAAAGGUUUUGGUUUAAUUUGACUGCAUUGGAGUGCAAUGCACUGUUACAUUUAAGUAUUUCACACAUUGAUGUCUUCAAAAAGACCUCUUGACUUAAGGAGCCCAGUGGAAUGAGUAGUGGUCGGUUCUCUGUUUUAGUCGCACAUAUAUUUUCUGUCACCUCACUGUUAAUGAACCCUUACCUCUGACCUCCACUAAGAACACAAAAGCAGAACAGAUUUCAUAGUAGUCAGAUCUUUAAUGUUGGAUUAGUAGUGUGGUUAGGCUAAAGUAGUAUGCUCCUUCUUGGGGAGUUUCACUUUUUAACCUGUCUUUCAGAAAUCUGUGGAAUACUUUUCUGUGUAAUUUACCACUGUGGAUAUACCUAUAUUCGUUUGCUUUGAGGUUGACUGCAUUGUUUUUAUCAUGUUAAAACAAGGACUUGCUUUUAUAUUCAGCAUUUUUGUGGAUAUGAGCAUUUGUGAGUCCCUACAGGCACAAUUUACCCAAACCAUACAUACUUAGUAUUUGGAUCUGACCACUGGAAAUAAAAUAUUAUGAUGUUUAACUUUGAAAAAAGCAUCGUGCGUGGAUUAACACGUGCAACAUUUAAUCGAAAAAGACAGAAUUGACAUCUGCUGGUUGCUCUGGGAACUACCAUUACAUUACAUGGAUUGUCUCUCCUGCAUUCUUUUGUUGUUUUCAUUAAACCUUUAUAUUGAUUUAUUGGUAAAUGUUUAUAUUCAUCUGGUUUAACAUUGAAUAAAUCUACUGUAAAAUUCAGAACAAGACUAGAUUAAAAUAAGAUUAUAAAAGAAAUGGGAACAACGGAUUCUCCCUCAGUCAUGAUUUCAGUGUCGUAUUUCUGUUUUAUCCACCCAUGUUAUAAAACAUAAGGUAGAAUAUUAUUUGAUGGUUUAACCUGAUGAAGUAGGAUAAUGUUAUGUGUCUUAAAAUGCUCCUGAAGGUUUAGUUGUAGCAGUCAAGUGUAAACUACAUGUACAAUUUUUGUUUUCAAGCCCUUUCAAUACAAAAAUACAUGGAACAUGUGAAUAUUGUCUUUUAGUUUUUUACUGAUGUCAAAAAUGUUUUACGGAUAUAAUAAAUGCUGAGGUGAA